AUGAAUUUCACCGGUUUCGCGCAAACCAACCCCGAAACCAAAUACGAGGUUUUGGGAGUCAUCGGAGAGGGCGGGUACGGUACUGUUACCAAGUGCCGUGAUCGAGUGACAGGGGAACUUGUCGCUCUAAAACGCCUCAAAGAUGACAGAACCUCCUCCCAAAAUUUCCACCGGGAAUUGGAGAUGUUAAGUUACGUCAAGGAGCUACACCCAGACAGCUUCAAUCUGGUCAAACUGGUUGACUUUUUUGACCAUGAUGGCUGUGGAUCUCUUGCGUUUGAGAUGCUAGAUGUAAGUGCCUACCAUCUCUGGAAAAGGAUGAAGAGUUUCACGCUGAGCCAAAUACGACCGAUGGCGAAGCAGCUCUUGACAGCUCUUCAUGGUUUACGUUGUGUUGGUGUAAUGCACACGGACGUUAAACCUGAUAAUAUUAUGCUGGUAAACCAAAAGGAGAGGCCAUUUAAAGUGAAGUUGAUCGAUUUUGGCUUGGCAAGGUACUCUGGAGAAGUACUAACUGGAGAAGUGAUGCAGCCAAUUUCGUACCGUGCCCCAGAAGUAACUCUGGGUCUUCCACUUUGGGAGGCAGUUGACAUGUGGGGUCUGGCUUGCUGUCUCCUUCGCUGGUUUGUCCGCAGCACAGAUUUCACUGGCUUUUCCGAAUUCGACUUCCUGAUCAAGAUUGUGCGCUUCUUUGGGGUUCCACCAGAGAAGCUCCUGAACGCGGCGUUGUUCACGUCAAAGUACUUUGUUCAGGAAAACUCCAAGUGGCGACUGAAAACUCUGCAGGAGUUUAAGGAGACCACUGGGAUGAAUCCAAAGAUGUCACUUUCCAAACCUUCAGCAACAAACCUGGAGCAGCUUAUCAAAGGCUCUAGAGGGUCUGUCUCAAAUCAGGAGCAGAGAGACGUGGAGCAGUUUCACGACCUGCUGAGUAAAAUGUUGAAAUUGGACGCGGAGGAGAGGAUUACGCCAUCGCAAGCCCUCGAUCACCCAUUUAUCACCAUGGAGCACUUCACUGAUGGUGAUGACUACAUGAGGAACGCUCACGAGUUAAUGCGUGUCACUGAGGCUGAGUUUGGACAAUCACAACGAGACGCAAACCAAGACAUUGCUGAGAUGGACUUAAGAGUUCCUAAAUCAGUCAGCUAUUCAUCACAGGACAGUAUCUGGGAUUUGGAGGACAACAUGGUUUUCAUUGCCAGUCCCGAUGACUGCAGUAAAUCCAAAAGCCAAAAAAACGUGGCUACCAAAAACUGUCAGGGAGUCUCCAUAGUUAAGGGAGAAGACACAGUUGGAGUACCCUUAGAAGUGGAUGUUUGCAAAAUCAAACAAGAUGAACCAAAACUUGCAAUGGAGACAGACACAGAAACUAUUUUGCAAACACUGAAAAAGGAGCUGCCUGACUGCGGUGAAAUACUGGAGGACAUUGAGAACCUAUUCCAGGAUGGAGAUGCUACAGAAGCGGAGAUUAGCCGACUGACCCAGAAAGCCUCCAGGAACCAGCUGGAAAGUCCCCCUGGCUGGAAGGUCCCCCUGACUUGA